AUGGCUCUCCCAAUUAUUCACAUCAACGGCUACCCAGGCACAGGAAAACUCACCAUCGCCCGGAAACUAGUCGAAGUUCUAUCCCACUGCAAUGCAAAGCUCGUCCAUAACCACCUCCUCAUCGACCCAGUCGACGCCAUCCUCCCCCGCUCCAGCCCAGAGUAUCAACCCGCGCGCCGCGCCCUUCGAUCCGUCAUUUUCGACGCUAUAGCCAAAUCACCCGAUACAAAAAACUCCAUCCAUGUCUUCACCGACUUUCAAUCCAACGACUUUAUCGGUCGCGGUGUUAUGGAGGAGUACAUCAACCUGGCCAAUCGUCACAAGGCUUUCCUUGUACCCAUCACCUUGUCCUGUAGCAGGGAAGAAAACCUACGUCGAUUGGGCUCUUACGAGAGGGGUUUCCAUGGGAAACUUACUGAACCGCUAGUUGUCGAACAUUUGCGAAAGUCUAGCGAGCUUUAUCAGUGGUCGGAGGGUCAACCUUUGCAUCUGAAGCUUGAUGUUACGGAGUUGACUGUUGCCGAGGCUGUGCUCGCCAUAGUUGAGCACCUUGGGCCUGAUCAAUCUAUCUUUGUGGUUCUAUCAGCUUUCACGAUUGUUGAUAACACCUGGUGUCCGACAUGUCUUACCCUGGACACGCGAAAGCCGCAUGGUGUCAGCAAGUGUGUGGAAUAUUUCUUCACUGGAAGCUGUGGGCCUACUGUACACUUCGCGGGGUUUAGACCAGCAGACACGCUCAAUCCGCGAGCGCCUAGCAUGAACGUCCAAAGUAUAAGUGACAAGACCCAGCACCGCGCCUGCGACCCAUGUAGGAAACGCAAGGUCAGAUGUUCACGGCAUACGCCUCUAUGUGAACGAUGUUCUCACUUCGCUUUGACAUGCGAGUAUUCGCCUAUGAGAGCUAUAGGCCGUCCGAAAAGAGGACGGUCACUGAGGUAUGGCGCUGGAAGUACUGGUGUGGCAUCAAUGUCGCCUGAGACAGGAAACUUUGCUGGUGUCAUGAAUCAAUUCUUUGACGACCUGGGUAAUUCGUCGUUGCCUUCCUUCGAUAUGGACUUCUCGACAGACCAAGACGCUGUAUCAGGAGGGCCACCAUUGCUACCCGAUAUCUUCAAUAACGCGUCCACGACACAGGAUCACAACAACGUUAACCAGUCCCCAGAAGCUACAAUCAGAGAUAAGCCAGUGGAUGCAACGACCCCAUCACGGAAUAUUGAGAGCGCAACAACACCUUCUCAGAAGUGUUCGUGUAUUGAGUUAGUCAAUCAGCAUUUUUCGGAUAUAGAAAGUUCCCUCGAGACAUUCCAAACCCUCAAAAUCCUGAAACGGUCGCUGGUGUCAGCGAGGACAAUCCUGGAGUGUACCAUCUGCUUCCAAUCCAUCAAGAGCCCACGCACAUCACGCAACGUUUACCUACUAGGCUCUCUUUUAUCCAGCAUCGGCUCAUCCUACGGCGACUUCUUCUACACCCAGAAGCAACAAGCUCUGGCUUCUGGUACACCGAUCCAGCUUUACAUAGGGAAACAGCCUGAUAGUGGAGAUAUGGUUGAGGUUUCUCUCGAGGGACCUAGUUAUGUGGCGUUCCUGCAAGCAAGUCUCAAGGGAGAGUUGGAUUGUCUUGUGCAGUUAGGAGAUGAAUUGGCGGCGAGACAGAGUCAGUCACAUACCGAAGGCCAUGAGAACUGCGAAACUGGGGCGAGUUGUUCAAAUACUGAGUCACUUACGAUAACCAAGCAUCCCACCGAGGUGUGUCCAAAGGAAGUCGAUAUGACAAUGGCUUGCGCGUGCUUUAGAACUGUUGAUCAGGUCAGGGCUGCGAUAGCAGAGGCACAAAGGAUCAUUGCAGAAAAAUGCAUUGAAGCGAUUGCUGCAGUCGAGUGCAAGAAAGCUUGCGACGAAGAUCCGAAUCACGACGAGCACGAACCUGGUCACCACAACUCCGAAACUGCUUGCGGUACACAUCUCGAAGCUGCAUUCGACCAGUAUAGCAGUUAUCUCGAACAGAUCCGUUGUAUCUGCCGAAGCGCGAUCGAGCAGGGGAUUACGUCCCUUGAGACGUGCUGUAUGAGCACCCGAUCGAACACCAGCCAGGCCAAGCCAGAGCAUAAACAUGCACACAAUCACGCGAACAAGAGUAUAGUUCCUGCUGUCACAACCUCCAAGACUGAGGUUGAUAUCGAACACGGAGUGAAUAUCGAAACAAUCGGCUUCUUGUGGAUUCGUGCUGAAAAAAUCAUCGGCGGCAAUUACUUUCUUGAUGUCUUGGCCUCACCGAAGCAUUUUAUCGAGAACUCGCCUCGAGGCGUCACCGACGUGCAGGCUCUUGACAAGAAGACAGUUCGUCUCUCAUACGAACCAACAACUAUCGGUGCUCGAGACUUGAUGGAACAGAUCAAAGAUCGGUGCAAUGGUCUCGCAGAGCCUCGUGGAGACGCUCAGCUUGAGAACAGCCGCCGCCGUCUCUGGGAUCAACUUACAAAGACCCUCCUAGCGGCCGCUUUUACUAUCCCUGUCGCAGUAGUAUCCUGGAGCGAAGAUCUGGUGGACGACAAGACCGAGGGUAUCAUUGGAUUGACCCUUGGUACACUUGUCCAAGCUAUCGCUAUCCCGGAGUUCUAUCGUCCAGCUCUCGCUGCUCUUUGGUACAGUCGAACUGUCGAGAUGGACAUGCUCGUUGUCAUCAGCAUCACGGCAGCUUACGUCUACUCUAUCGUGGCUUUCAGCUUUGAGAUGGCUGGCAAUCCUCUUGAUGAAGGUCAAUUCUUUGAGACUAGCACCAUGCUCAUCACUCUUAUUCUAGCUGGUCGAUUGAUCGCCGCCUUUGCACGUGUUCAAGCGGUCUCUGCUGUAUCCCUUCGGUCGAAGCAGAACAUCGCAGCUGUACUUAUUACCAAGGAAGGUGAUACCGAGAUUGACGCUCGUCUUCUUCAGUAUGGAGAUGUCUUCAAGGUUCUGCCUCAUUCCCGAGUACCCACUGAUGGUAUCGUCAUCUCUGGCAAGACCGAAGUUGACGAGUCCAUGCUGACAGGGGAAGCACUACCCGUGGUGAAGCAAAAGGGUAGUGACUUAAUCGCUGGCACUGUAAAUGGCGACGGUACUGUCACUGCUCAAUUGACGCGUCUUCCUGGCAAAAACACAGUCACUGACAUUGCGCAACUCGUCGAGGAAGCUGCCAAUUCGACUCCGAAGAUUCAAGAUCUAGCUAACAAGGUCGCUGGUUGGUUCGUCCCAGCCAUGGGCGCCAUCGCCGUUCUCGUUCUUGUGAUCUGGGUCGCGUGCGGUAUGGAACUUCUUGACUACAGCGCUGGAAAGAGUGUUGGCAAUGCCAUCACCUUUGCUGUAGCUACCCUCGCAGUCGCAUGUCCUUGCGCGCUUGGACUUGCUGUACCCAUGGUGCUUGUUGUCGCAGGGGGAAUUGCCGCUCGCGGUGGUGUCAUCAUCAAGUCUGCGGACACCACCGAAGGAGCUCGCAAGACUACUGAUGUUGUCUUUGACAAGACUGGUACGAUCACUGAGACCGAGCUCGCCGUGACUGAACAGGUCAAUUUGAAUGGGGACUUGUCUGAUAACCUCGCUUUGGCAAAAGCUCUCGUUUCUGGUAGUAAACAUCCUGUCUCUGCCGCUAUUGAGAAGUAUCUCACCGUCAAGGCUAUGCCUGAGGUAGUAAACGUCCAUGCUAUACCUGGCGCUGGAGUUGAGGCGGAUUACCUUGAUUCGACUCUCAGAGUAGGCAAUGCUCGUUGGACUCAAGCUGAGAAGCUGGAAGAUGUGUCGCGUCUUCAGCAUAGUGGUCUCACCACACUUGUUGUAACACGCGAUUCUAUCCCCCUCAUCGUCUUUGGGCUCUCAUCCCAAAUCCGCCCAGAGGCAGUACAGGUCAUACGUGAGCUCAAGUCCCGCAAUAUCACCGUUCAUCUCGUCUCAGGUGACCAGAAAAAGGCUGUCCAGGCUGUUGCAGCUUCCGUUGGUAUCUCACCAGACAAUGUUAUCGGUGAGCGUACUCCGCCUGAGAAGAGAGACUACGUCGCUGCUCUGAUGGACCAAGGAAAACGAGUGAUCUUCUGUGGCGAUGGAACAAAUGAUGCCAUCGCUGUUGCUCAAGCAAACGUUGGUGUCCAAAUGGGCAGCACCAGCGACGUGACCCAAGACGCGGCGGAUGUUGUUCUGUUGAACGGUCUGGAAGGUAUCCCGUUCCUGCUUGACAUCAGCAAGGUUGGGUUCCAACGCAUGUACUUUAAUUUUGUUUGGUCAGCUGUCUACAAUAUUUUGGCCAUUACAAUGGCUAGUGGUGCUUGGGUCAAGUUUCGCAUUCCGCCUCGGUAUGCUGGUUUGGGCGAGAUGGUUAGCGUUGUUCCUGUGGUCCUGGCUGCGAACUCUAUGUUCUUUGCUAGAUACUUCAAGUUGAGAGCUUGA